CUGGAUUGUUUUACUUUUUACAUCACGGCUGGAUUACCUGAUCAUUACCAAGAGAUCGCUCCUGGUCGAGACUAAAUUAUUUAAGAGAUUCAUUUUAAGAUUUAGACGGAAGGCUUCCAGUAGUGUGUGUAGUGUUGAUUUAUUGUUUACACGCGACUGAAAGUGUCCAUCAGCGUGCGAUAGAUAAGAGCGCUGAUCUAAGACAAGCGCAGAACUGUGAGAGAGUUUGGAGAGCUUUUGUUUGUGCGUUUGUGAAAAAAAACAGAGCAACCCUGGUGUUCCUGGGCUGACAUCCUGUGCAGAUGAUCUAACCCACAGCUAUCAGUUGAUUGUUUCGGUUAAGGUAGCGAGACUCUUUCACUCAGACUCAGUGCGCUCUCGCCUCCAUCCUUUUGCGCUGUGGACUCCUGAGACCAUCAGCGUCCGGAGGAAAACAAACUGUUGUUCCCCCCAAAGAGUCCCGCACGUGUGAUACAACCCAGUCAGGUGGCACUGACCCAAGCUGUUGUGAUGCAUAUUCCCGUAGAGCCGCCCACCACCAGACGGUUCACGCCGCCCUCCACGUCCUUCCCCUGCAGUAAGAUUGGAGACGGAAACGGGGCCAUGGCCACCUCGGGGCCCCUCAGGUCAAGACCGGACCCCAGGAACGUGGUGGACGUCCUGGCAGACCACGCCGGCGAGCUGGUCCGGACCGACAGCCCCAACUUCCUCUGCUCCGUCCUCCCGUCUCACUGGAGGUGCAACAAGACGCUCCCCGUGGCUUUCAAGGUGGUGGCUCUAGGUGAGGUCCCCGACGGGACUCUGGUCACCGUGAUGGCCGGGAAUGAUGAGAACUACUCGGCCGAGCUGAGGAACGCCUCCGCCGUGAUGAAGAACCAGGUGGCCCGCUUUAACGACCUACGCUUCGUGGGCAGGAGCGGACGAGGAAAAAGCUUCACUCUGACCAUCACCGUGUUCACCGGACCCCCGCAAGUGGCCACCUACCACCGCGCCAUCAAAGUCACUGUGGAUGGACCCCGAGAACCACGCAGGCACAGAGUGAAGAUAGAAGACCCUCAGAAGAUGCAGUUCUCGGACAGGCUGUCAGAGAUCGAGCGCUACCAGCGGACUAUGCGGAUAGGCCCAGUGAACAAUAAUCCCCGCCCCAUCCACCAAACCCACCUCAGUUCCACACAAGCAGCCCUGUGGCAAGAGCAAAUGGACACCCCUGCUCUGAAGACAUGCAAGGUGGAAGAAGACCUAAGACCAUGGCCAGGGACUACAGAUCUCUUCCAGCAGAGGACCACCUUCCCGUCUCUGUCGCCGCUGACUGACCCUCGUUUCUCGGACCCCCGCAUGCACUACCCUGGGGCCUUUCCUUACUCCGCCAAUACUUCCAGCACUGGCAUCAGCGGCCUCAGCAUGUCAGCCUCUUCUAGAUACCACACCUACCUGCCACCACCCUACUCAAACAACCAGACCCAGAACUUCCAGUCCAACUCCUACCUGUAUUACGGCACAGGCUCUGGAUCCUACCAGUUCUCCAUGGUGGCACCGGGGAACACCGGGGGCGAACGCUCUCCCACCCGCCUGCUGUCCUGCUCGGGUGCUGCGGGCACCGGAGGGACCAACAGCCUGAUGAACCCGGGCCUGAAUACCCAGAGCGACGGCGUGGAGGCCGACGGCAGCCACAGCAACUCCCCCACGGCCAUGAGCGCCUCGGGCCGUUUGGAUGAGUCCGUCUGGAGGCCUUACUGACUGACAGACAGC